GGGCCGGCGCACUCCUCACAGCUGCGCAAGUCCCAGGCAUUCGAUCCGUCGGUAUCCAUCGCGGCGCUGAACCAAACAUGCGCGAAACCAGCCGCUGCGUCACUCUCGGAUACGCUCGGCGAAGACCUGGCAACAAUGUUCCGCACCAGCGAUCUGAGCAGCAGACUUAUUGCGUGCCUCGUUCCCGAUGCCACUGAUCGCAGCAUAUGUCUAGAUUUGAGCCCGAUCGGUAUAAGCCAGUCCAUUGUUCGCAAAAAUAUCACCGGCAGCAGCACUGCGAGUUUGGCUGCCAACGUUGCGGCGGGGGCUAUACCCCUGGGCCAGGCCAGCCAGGUGCCCAGCACUUGGGAGAAUGCCGAGGCCAGAGCGCGCCUUGUAGAGGCUGCUGAGCCUUGGCAGAUGCACGGCGACGUGCUUUCGGUGACUGCAACGGGAGUCCACAGGGCACUCCAUUCGCUGGGCGGGCUAGAGGUGACCCUGGUUCUCUUGUACCACUUGGACUGGAUUGGCUCGGCCAGCCCGCCGGCGAAAGAAGGCCCACUCGGCUCCGAAGAAAGCGCUUUUGACCAGCGCACGCUAGACUGCGCACCCCUGCCAUCCUACUUUUACUGGCUACGCGAUCUAGUUCGGGGUCAUCCGUGGCACUUGAUGGGGGUUCGCGCCUUGAAUUUGGUGGGCCUUAUCGGGCGCACGCUUCAGCAACAGUUGCGAGACCCCGAGGCUCAUCUCACCAUGGCCGCCCUGAGAGCGAUGCAGGCCUUCCAGACUGCGCUUGACGAGCAAGGCGGUCUGCUUCCAACGUCAUAUCCAGGCACUUCGCAGCUUUGGAGCCAGGUUCAGCACGACCUAAUUUUGAACUUUGAGAUUUGGAGGCGCGCAGAUGUAGCAACCCAGUUGCUUUACCUGAAGGAGGUGCAUCGCGCACUGUGUCUAGGGCGGCGCGGAGACCGAGCGGGCAGGCGCUGCAAUGCAUCCUCGGGUAUUAGCAAUGGCAGCCCAGGCUCUGCAUUCAGUGCUGGUGAAAAUGCUCUUGGGGUACGCUGGAUCCUCUAUGCGCUAUUUAAUUAUUAUCCAUACGACUCUUCGCAGCACAUCUCACAGCAACAACAGCAGCAGCAGCAGAGUAAGGCGCGGGCUUCAGGCCGGCCGCUUUCUACGCGAGCAUCCGUGCUAGUUAACGAGGCCACCACUCGCUACAGCUCGCCUUCCCCAAUUGAUGGCGACCGCGCGUUGGCUAGCAGCGUUAGCUUUGUUGCCAGUAGCGAUGAUGGUCUUGGAUUUGCAGACAACGCCGACGAUGACUUGAGCGGCGAAAUCCCUGGGUUCCCCGCUUUGACGCGCGUUGAGGUUAAGCAGUUGCGCCGGGCGCUGCUGCACACGCUGGAACUGUUCCUGUCCACGUCUGACGACCACAGCACACCAGGUGCACGAAGCGCCCAGAUUCCGGAUCCCACAAAGGCCGACGUCGCCAAUCUUGCCCGCCAUCUGCUGUACGCGUGCAACAGAGACACCGAGCACACAAAGGAGGUUCUGCAGCUGCUGUUCCGCUGCCUGGCCGACGGGUCGCCCAAUGCCGGUAGCCUCGCAUCAAAGCUGAUGACUGUGCACGGGUUUGAUGUGCUGUGCCACAUCAUCGAAUGCGACGACGACAGGAUGGCGGCCGAAGCAAUCAACAUUGUUGUAUUGUUACUGACUAUGUCUGUCGCAUCGCGCGAGCAGGAGAGCACUACAAGCCGGAUCACAAAUAGCUUGCGCGGCCGAAUUCCAGUUGUCGUCGAGCCGGAAGACAUUGCGCGUGUGCUAGCGCUCGUGCGCACAAAGAGGGCCCUUACGCCCGCGCUGUACCGGUCCCUUCUUUCAUUGGCACUGAGAGACCACGUUUCGUUGUUGGCCAGCAUCAACAUUGCACUCCCCGCCAAAGGUUCAUCGGCUGGAGUGCCAGUAAGCAGGCGAGCACACCAUGUUCGCAAUCUGUCAAUGCCGCAGGGUCUUUCCGAUCCCGUGUACACUGCUGACAACGCGUCUGUUGAGGCCCAUGAGUCCUUUGUCGGGCCGCUACCGUCCCGGUUGAUCCAAGUGGGCGAAGCGUGGUCUGUGAUCAUGGAGCUCUCUUGUGCAUCGAGCACCGAUCCAGCAAUUCGGGUUGUGGUCAUGUCCGACUUGCACCGGCUUUUAGACGAUGAACCGGCCAACUACGAAUGUAUACACGCGUCCCAUAUCUCCCUACUGAGUCAUCUAAUCCUUGCUGUUGUACUCAGCGGAUAUAUCUCCGACAGAGGCGAUGUCAUUCUGGAAGAUGCCGGAAGCAGGUCAGAGCGGCUGGCUGACGCGUACACAAGAGCGUCAAACCAACUUGAACUUCUUCCACACACUACACUGGACCACCACACACAGGGACUUGCGGUUGGCCACGAUAAGGCUCGCAAGGCGUGGAUCCAGCGGCGUAGCAGCCAGAUCCGCAGGUCAAAGUUCAAUGACAGUAUCGACGGUGGUGAGAGUAAUGACCAAGACUAUAGCGAGGAGUCGUUUGCCAUUCAGGCUAAGGCAGAGCUCAUGGGGCUCGCGGUUGAAUGGUUCCAGGCAGCUACCAGUCUGAUCCAAACGGUCGUGUGGAGUCAGUUCCGCAGCCGCACCAACUACGCCGACCACCUGCACCGCUCGAUUGUCAUGCUUUGGGCACAUACACCAACAGGAUCAGUGCCUUUGGCCGUCCAGCUCUUUUCGCGCGUUAUCGCCCGGGCGCGCAGCCAAUUAUCGCCAGUGAUGGAGCCGGCAGGUGGGGUCCACACCAGCGAAUGGGUGCUGCCGCAGAACCUGGCGGCAUUUGCGUCAAAUGUGCUCGACACGCUGCUAAACUAUCGCCAGUUCCAGGAGUACGUCGCCUACUACCACGAGCAGCUCAAGGCUCCUUCUUCAGGCCCAGCACCCAAUGUGAUGCAAAAUUUUACGGCGAGCGUGACACCGUGUACCGAAGCCAGAAUAGCCCCUGGGACGACACGCCCGAGCUGACACGCGACCUGGCCGAAUUUAUGCUGCAGCUGAGCGAAUACGAGGCAAGUCUGAAGAUGCCGAUGUGCGGAGAGAUCCUGCGGCUGGUGCUUUCGGGAGUGCGCAGCAUGAACAUGCAGCGAGUUGAGGAGAGCCUGUCACUUUUGAUUCGCCUCUUGGAACAGCAUCCCUCGAUGAGGGCUGGUCCGCGG